UUGGCAGCGCUAUCAGAAUUUUUGUCCGGACACAUUGAUAAGGGUGUUGCUGAGUUGCAGGAAGAGGCCAAACAAGAUCCGCACUCUUCUAGAGGUUUAGAAUUGCUAAAGAAGUAUGAUGCUGCAGCCAAGGUUUACCAAGUCGCUGUACAGGCUGAGGCAGCUGCUAAGAAGGAAAGGGAUGGUAAACGGGCUUUGGAAGAAGGAACACAGGAUGGCACCAAGGAACGUUAUCUCGCUGGUUGGGAGCGCUGUAAGGCACAAGGAACUAUGAUUGAAAAGAUUGAACAAAGAUAUGCUGCUCAGUUGGCGAGAGAUUUGUGCUACGCAGAGUAUGUGAAACAUGAGCACGGAGCUGACUCCAAG